AUGGCUCUUCGUCGACUUUUCUUCCUCGCCUGGCUCGCUGUUUUCGCAGUUAAAACAAUCCAGGAAUGCUUCGACGACGGUGUAGAAUUCUGCGUCAACUCCGAGGACAUUCUCGCCACCGAUUUACUCCCGGAUUCUUUCCUAUUCGCCGAUCAAAAGCCUCAGCAUAUUCAAAAUUACACCGGCUCGCGUCGAGCCUACAACAACGGCACCAUAAGCGAGGCCUUCAACGCCAUGGGAUUUCACAGAAAGAAAAUGAACGAGUAUCUGUGCCACGGGUUUUUGGCGGAGAAAAUUCUCACCGCUUUCGGUGGCUCUCGUGUCAAGCGACGUCUCGACAUUUCGUCGGAAAAUUCCUACGUCGAUUACGUUGAUGACAAUAACGUUUCUAUACACGAGAAAAUGCUUUCUGACGAAGGAAGCUCCAAGUACAAGGACUGGCUGACCAAAACGACGACCCUCGAUGAUAUUUAUCGCCACUACUCGCCUCGGCCAAGGGACCCAAAAAUAAAGAAGAAACAAUUCGCCGAUCGACAGUACGACAACGAAGAAGAGGAUGAAUACGAUGGCGCGGUUACGGGAUUCGCGAUGCCGGCGCCAAUAUCGACGGGAAAAAUCGGGAGCUUUGAUCCAUCCGGUCCGGAUGAAUAUUCGUCGGCGGCCACCCACCACUUCCAUCACUCCGACUACAUCGACCAUCACUUUGACCCUUACCCCCAAGUACACGAGGAGCAUAUUUACGUCCCGAAUCAUCACGAGAGUUAUCAUCAUCACGAUCAUCACAGACCGAGUUAUCAUCACCACGGGAAAGGAAAGGGUCACGAUCUUUCGCUCAAGGACUUUUUCGAGAUCGCUUUAACGGCGCUGGCUUUCCUCGCCUUCGGCCUCUUCAUCAUUCAACUUAUGGUGAACGUGACGAACUCCGCAACCGCGACGGCGGCGACUUUUCUGCAAGCAGACAUCGACGGUACGCGAUUUAAGCGAGAGUCUUCGCCUCCAGUUUCCCCGCCACUUUUGUACGCCGGAAACGUCGAAUUAAACGAGCUGUCGCAUCGGGUUCUGAGGUCAAUCGAGGCCGUUCUGAUCGCUGAAGAAGACGGGGGCAACUGCCUUAGGAGAGCAUUGUGCGAGGACAAUAGAUACUCGAGGGAAACGACGGGAGGACGAAGAAUCUGGUCUCCGGUCUGGAGUUUGGGGAUGAGCUGGGUUUCAGGCAGAAUGACGCGGAAAACUCCUUGGUCGGCAAUGUUGAGCUCUGUCAAGGCGGCGGUGCUAGGUUUGGGUGGAGCGGACUGUGCCAUUCUAUUUUCCGACUGUCACCUCGAGCAGGAAGUUGCUAAAAUGAGGCGGCGAAGGCGUCGGCGGAAGUAGAAUCGACCGUGUUCUGCACUGGCCGCUGGAAAUGAAUGCGGGAUUUCUUACUUAUCGACGGAACUUCUUACCCUUCUGCGAUUCCCAUUAUCAGCUGCCGGUAAUCUACCACCGGUCGAUAAUUUAUCGACAGUUAGUUCUAAAUCUAGUUUUAACUUCGGUAAUCGGAAUUUUGCCGAAUUAAAAUGUCGCGGAAGACAAUAAAUUACACUUUGAGUCGAUACGUAUGGUGGAAAAUUCUGUCUAUUGUUUCAGCAAUAUUUUGAAGGCUUAGUCCCAACUUUGGAAGUUUCUCACAAGAGAGUUCGGCACUUAUUCUUCGGCAUACUCUAACUAUUUUUACACGAU